ACAUACCGCACGCACCUCAACUUCUCAAGUGAUAUUCAAAACUUCAGACUCCACUCACUCACACGUAUUGCGAAGUUAGUAUUCGCCUUGAGGACUCUAUGAUGAUAUUUAUUAAUAUUUUGACAUACACUUCAUCAUGGAGCCUUAAUUUCUUAAACAGCCUGCCUGGCUUGAAAUUAGAGACACAGUUGUAAGGCCAAGAAAUGAAGAGAACGAAAGUUUUAGAUUUGCGUCCACCACCCUCGACUCGAGCAUAGUUCGUGCAGGCUUGAUCCACUUCACUACUGCUACACUACACUACACUCCACCUACCCGAACUUCAAGACGGUGAACUCGAUCGGACAUUUAUUCCGAGUCACAAAGGGUCUUCAAAAUGCUGUGCUCGAGGUUCUUGAGAAGUUGCUCUUCGUUGAAGCUUGGGCUUGUGAGAGGUAAAGCCUCAGCAGCAGCUCCAAAACCUUUCAUAUACCAGGAUGUGUUUCAGCCUGAUCAUGCCCAUGAUACACCAUUCAAAAAACUUACUGGUGAUUUUGUGUCUACGGUUGAAGUGGAAGGAAGACAGAUUCUAAGGGUUAAACCAGAAGCACUUACAAUGCUCGCAUCCCAAGCGAUGAUUGACAUUGCCCACCUGCUUAGGCCAAAGCAUUUACAACAACUGAGAAACAUCCUUGAUGAUCCUGAAGCAUCGAGUAAUGAUCGCUUUGUUGCCUUGGAACUUCUGAAGAACGCUAACAUUGCAUCAGGAAUGAUAUUACCGGGCUGCCAAGAUACAGGAACUGCCAUUAUUAUUGGAAAGAGAGGUCAGAAUGUAUGGACGGAUGAAAGUGAUGAAACACAUUUAUCAAAAGGCGUCUAUGAUACAUAUACUCAGAAGAAUCUCAGAUAUUCACAGGUAUCACCUCUUGAUAUGUUUAAGGAAGCGAAUACGGGCACCAACCUACCCGCUCAGAUAGAACUUUACGCAGCCCCAGGAAAUGAAUAUCACUUUCUCUUCAUCGCCAAGGGCGGAGGUUCAGCCAAUAAAACGUUUCUUUACCAGCAGACGAAGGCUCUUCUAAAUCCAGAGAAACUCAUGGCUUUCGUCAACGAGAAAAUCAAGACAAUAGGUACAGCUGCUUGUCCUCCAUACCAUCUUUCUUUCGUCGUCGGGGGAUUAUCCGCAGAGAUGACUCUUAAGACUGUUAAAAUGGCUUCUACUAAGUACUAUGACAACCUACCCACUACCGGUAAUGCGCAUGGCAGAGCAUUCCGAGACGUGGAGCUGGAGAAACAAAUCCAUGAGUUGUCCCAGCAGCUAGGUAUAGGUGCCCAGUUUGGUGGGAAAUACUUCUGUCAUGAUGUGAGAGUCAUCCGACUACCAAGGCAUGGUGCAUCGUGUCCUGUAGGUCUAGGAGUUUCCUGCUCAGCAGACAGACAGGCCAUUGGUAAGAUAACAGCGGAAGGCGUCUUCCUGGAGCAGCUUGAAACCAACCCUAUCAAGUACCUGCCGGAGGUCCAGGAAGGUGACCUAAGCGGUGAUGUCAUCAAGGUCAAUCUUAACCAACCAAUGGAUGAUAUCCUGGCAACGCUGACCAAGCACCCCAUCAGGACAAGGGUUAGCCUGACUGGAACGCUGGUGGUGGCCAGGGACAUUGCCCAUGCCAAGCUCCAGGAGCGGUUGGAUGCUGGUGAAGGGCUACCUCAGUACAUGAAGGAUCAUCCGGUCUACUAUGCAGGACCUGCAAAGACUCCAGAGGGUUAUGCAUCUGGAUCUUUUGGACCUACAACAGCAGGAAGAAUGGACUCCUAUGUCAACUCUUUCCAGGCUGCUGGAGGGUCAAAGGUCAUGUUAGCCAAGGGGAACAGAAGUAAAGAUGUCACCAAGGCAUGUAAGACUCACGGUGGUUUCUACCUUGGCUCUAUCGGUGGUCCGGCGGCCAUCUUAGCUCAGAACUGUAUCAAGAAAGUUGAGGUAUUGGAGUAUGAGGAACUCGGCAUGGAGGCUAUCUGGAGAGUUGAGGUGGAGGACUUUCCGGCUUUUAUCGUGGUCGAUGACAAGGGGAAUGAUUUCUUUAAGCAGUGGCAGGUGGAAUGAUUGAUACUAUUGAGGAUUCAAGAACUCAAGAACUGUAGACUGAUUUUUCCAUCAUGGCUGUGUUCAUCCUUGAACACAACAAAUGUUGAUUCAGUGUCCAUCGCUCUACAAUCAUCCUAACUUGAGUACAGCUGGCAUGAAUAUGGUGCUUUAUUUUUUUUAGAAACUACAUUGAAGCAUGGUUGUUCCUACAUGAUGUAUG